AUGUCUCGUCCGGAUGGACAACUAUGUAGUCACGUCUUCGUGCCUGCAUUCACAACAGAGUUUAUAAAGCCCCCCAAUCGAAAAAAGGGGGCGCUUUCGCUACCGCCGGCGUCCGCCACGUCGCUAGCUUCAUUAUGUUUUCUGUUCUUGCAGAAUCAGCAGAGUUUACAGAUUAGAUUUGUUAGUGAGUUUCUCAGGAGUUUUUUGGAUACUGCUAGUAUGCCUAAGCAUAGAUUUCGUUCUCCGAGUUCUCCAAGGGAACGAUCCUCGAGGAGACACAAGCGUCGGAAGCGUUCGCCCGGCAGAGGAUCCGAAUCUAACCUCUCGCGAUCGCGGGAAGGUUCGGGACAUCGGGCAUCCUCUCGCACGAGAAUUUUGCAGACCCUAGCUGACCUCGUUGACCUUAUGAGUACUCGCGAGGUGCCCUCGCGGUCCACUUCGGGGGAUCCUGAGGCUCUAAUACAAGGCACCCCAGACGAUUCGUCUCCAGUAGGAGAGACGUCUGCAGAGCUUAAUGUAUUUACGGAUACUCUCACAGACGAACAGACGACCCAAGGCAAGGGUCGGGGCAGCGUACCAGAAAAUGCGCCGGUUUCCAGCGAGGUAACUAACGUCACCUUUGCCGAAGUUCCAGAAGUGGCAGAUUCCGCGGUCAUCGAGGGUGAGUCGCCGUCAUCCGACAGCCUGAUUAGGGGAUUAUUUGGCAAUCCGGUAGGUCUCCCUGAGCAGGCCUGCUGGCUCCCAAUUAUUCUCGACACCACUAAGACGGAUGUUCGGUCAGGGCUUAAGGAAGAGCUAAAAAAGAGUCUCCUUACGAAAUACGAACCCAAGGAGGAGCUUGCUUUUCUUAUUCCACCUAAGGUAAACAAAGAGAUCCUUCCUAACCUCGGCGCUACGGUCAUUGCGCGCGAUAAGCACCAAGUACAGUCUCAACUCGAGGCGGGCGCCUCCUUGAAUGCCCUAGCCUCAGGUUUCUCGGAACUCGCUAAACUCGAGGUCCUACAGGCGUCCCCAGAAGGGAAAGAGGCGGCCUCUAAACUAGCGGAGGGGAUUCGCCUGUUAGCGGACCAUUAUUAUGGUCUGUCAAGGGCCAGGCGUGCCUUUAUUGUACCUUCGCUAAAUUUCUUGGGGAAGACGGCUUCAGAUGCAGCCGGGAUGGACGAAUAUCUCUUCGGAAACAAUUUUGCAGAGGAAGUGAACGCCGCUCAGGUAAUCGAGAAGGUGGCCAACAAGAUGGCCAGGAAGCCGCAGCAGCCUCCAUCCCAGAAGACCCGUUUCCCAGCAGGACCACGCUCAGGUCAACAGAAAAACCAGCCAGGACCAGUCGAGGCACCAGUCGAGGAGGGGCUCUCUACAGUCACAGCGGAACAAGAGAUCCCGAUCCAGAUCCCGGAUCCGGCAUUAGACACAGUAAGAUCAGCGGGUCGUUUAGCCCUCUUUAUAGAGCGCUGGAAGGAACUAACCUCAGACCCUGUCGUAUUAGAAGCAAUAAGGGGAUACCGACUGCCAUUUUUGGUAUCGCCCGUGCCUCGCCCUGCUCUAAGGCAAACACGCCUGUCUGCGGUUGAGACGGUUGCCUGUAAUAAGGAAAUUAGUCGUUUGAUAUUAAAGGGCGCUGUAGCGAAGGUCGAGCCAUCUCAAGACCAGUUUUUGUCCCCCUUUUUCCUAAUUAAGAAAGCCUCGGGCGGUAUGCGAUUCAUAUUGAAUCUACGCAAACUCAAUUCAUACCUGUUGCCUCCACAUUUUAAAAUGGAGGACUGGCGUACCGUGGUGCGCCUCAUGCUGCCGAAUUUUAACAUGGCUUCUAUAGAUUUGGAGGAUGCGUAUUUGCUAGUCCCCAUUCAUCCGUCCCAUAGAAGAUUUCUUCGCUUUCAGUGGGGCGGCUCGACUUUCGAAUUUACAGCAUUGCCGUUCGGUCUCGCUACCGCCCCUUACAUCUUUACCAAAAUUAUGCGGCCCGUUGUUAGGGCCCUGCGUGAGAAAGGCUUUCAGUCAAUAGUCUAUGUGGAUGAUUUUUUGCUCUUAGGAGCUUCAAGAGAGGAGUGUCUAAGGAACGUCCAAACCUCUCUAGAGGUGCUUUCAGCCUUGGGCUUCCUCGUUAACCACGCUAAAUCUCAGCUUAUCCCCUCAGUCAGAUGUAAAUAUUUGGGAUUCAUUUUUGAUUCCAUCCAUCAAUCGAUAGCAAUUCCUCCUGAAAAGAGGAAGAAACUACUGAAGCUGAUACGAGGCUUCGCUUGUAAAUCACGUUGUUCCAUUAAGGACUUUGCCAGUAUGAUCGGCUCCCUAGUCGCAGUCUUUCCAGCGGUACAAUAUAGUCCGCUAUACACCAAGAGGUUUGAAAGGGAAAAGUUCUUAGCUCUAGAAUCCAACCUUAUGGAUUAUUCCAAACAAAUGCGGCUUCCUCCGUAUUUAGGAGAAGAUUUUGAAUGGUGGCUAGCCGUUCUUUCCAAACCUGACCAGGCCAAUCCUAUCCGGUCAGGUCCUUUUGCAACCGAGAUAUUCUCAGACGCGUCUUUAUCAGGUUGGGGAGCCUCUUGUGGUAAGGAUCGCACCCACGGUUGGUGGUCCACAGAAGAUAAAUAUCUUCACAUUAAUGCACUAGAAUUAAAAGCGGCUUUUUACGCUCUGAAAUGUUUUGCAUCCGACUUGCGGAAUGCUAACAUUCUGCUUCGCAUCGACAACACCACCGCUAUUGCCUAUGUGAACAAGUUUGGUUCCGUCCAGCAUCCCCUUUUAUCAGACAUCGCUAGGGACAUUUGGAGGUGGUGUGAGGAAAAGGAUCUAUAUAUAUUCGCGUCAUACAUUGCGUCAGUCGACAAUGUUAUUGCCGACAGUGAAUCACGCAUGCCGAGUGUGGAUACAGAAUGGUCUUUAUCACCUCAGGCAUUUAACCGAGUUGAGGAAAUGUUCGGCCCGUUCGAGAUCGACCUUUUUGCGUCACUUAUUAACACGAAAAACGAAAUAUACGUUUCUUGGUUUCCGGACCCAGGUUCUUGGGCAAUUGACGCCUUCACUUUAUCUUGGGACCAUCUGUAUUUUUACGCUUUCCCUCCUUUCAUCUUGCUCUCGAGAGUUUUACGUAAGAUUUAUGACGAUAAGGCUACGGGAAUCUUAAUUACCUCAUCAUCCAGAAUGGAGAAACCUUUUCCUGGUUGCAGGGAAGUUAUCAGGGAGGCGUUUUUAGCUCAGGCAGUCCCAGCAUCGGCCUUAGACGUCAUGCUCGCUUCUCUAUCUGCAGCUACAAUUAAGCAAUACUCUCACCCUCUGAGAGCUUGGUGGAAUUUUUGCCACAGGAACCAGGUUUCGCCAUUCUGUCCAGAGAUUGACAGAGUACUCGAAUUCUUAAUACAAGAAAUACGUAGGGUCGGUUCGUACUCAACCUUCAACACCAUGAGGUCAGCAAUCUCCCUUGUUACGGGAGGAGCAAUCGGCAGUCAUCCCUUAAUUAAGCGAUUUGCCAAGGGCAUUUCAGUUAUAAAACCUCCGAGACCGAAAUACGAUUUUAUUUGGGAUCCAGCGCCUGUAAUUGCGAGACUAGCGAAGAUCUUUCCCUACGAGCCAUUAGACCUAAGUACGAUAACUAAGAAGUUAGUUCUUCUCUUAGCGUUAGGUUCGGGUCAGCGUGUACAGACCCUUGCGGCGAUCAGAGUCUCCCAGAUUUAUCGAGAGACGAACAGAUUGAUCAUUAAAAUUCCGGAUCGAAUAAAGACGUCAGGCCCGGGUCGAUCCCAGCCUUUACUUACCUUCGCUCGUUUUCCGGACCGCCCAGAGCUUUGUAUUCUAACGAUUUUAGACCAUUAUCUGUAUCGUACUAGAGACUUGCGUGCACCCGAGUGCGAUUCAUUGCUUAUUUCUUUCGUGAGACCUCAUAAGGCGGUCGGAGCUCAGUCAAUAAGCCGUUGGAUUCGUAAGGAGUUGGAGCUUUCGGGAGUGCAAACCGACUUAUUUUCAUCUCAUAGCACCCGACAUGCUUCCACUUCUCUGGCCGCCAGGAAAGGAGUAUCAUUGAAUAUUAUCAAACGAGCUGCUGGUUGGUCCGGAGAAUCGCAGGUCUUUGCGAACUUCUAUAAUCGCCCGAUUUGUAACGCGGACGAAUUUUGUAAUGCAGUGUUACUGCAGUAG